GCCUUCAAUCCUUUUAUAUAUUCCCUACAAAACCUCUCAACCAUUCUCCUUUUUAUCCAACAAUUUUCUCUUCGUAUCCAUUUUCUCCAUUCUUUUACUUUUUCUUUUUCUUUUAGUUCUCCUCUUCUUGAAAAGAAUUCGAAGAUUAAACUAGAGAAGGCCAAUUACAAAGUCAAAUGUUUGUUGAAGCUUUUCCUCAUAAUAAUAAUAAUAAUAAUUUUCGAAACAACAUGGUACACUCCGUGCCCAACAUGUCGUCAACUACCGUGACGACGGACGAUGAAUCUGACGUCCGUCACAGUAGUUUCUCGGCUUACGACUCUCAUCGGCUUAGUGGCGAUGGGUCCCCUACAUGGAAUGAAAGUUGUUCCCCUUGUAUUAAAUCCCCUUGGCACAAAUUCGACGAUAAUGUUCCAACCAACUUCCCACAAAAUGGGCUCAUUGGGUCCCUCGUUCGCGAAGAAGGACAUAUUUAUUCUUUAGCUACUAAGAACGAUUUUCUUUAUACUGGUUCGGAUAGCAAGAACAUACGUGUUUGGAAGGAUAUGAAGGAAUUCGCGGCUUUUAAAUCAAAUAGUGGCCUAGUUAAAGCGAUUAUCAUCUCCGGAGAGAAGAUUUUUACGGGUCAUCAAGAUGGAAAAGUGCGAGUCUGGAAGGUGAAAUCGAAGAAACCUAAUAACCAUAAACGUGCAGGGACUUUGCCAAAACUUAUUGACGUUUUCAAAGCUUCCAUUAAGCCCAGCAAUUAUGUUGAGGUAAAACGUAAUCGAACUGCGCUUUGGAUCAAGCAUUGCGAUGCAAUUUCAUGUUUGAGCAUGGACCAUGGCCAAGGCCUUCUCUACUCAGCUUCAUGGGAUAGAACAUUUAAAGUAUGGAAAGUUAAUAAUUCCAAAUGUUUAGAGUCCGUUAAAGCCCAUGACGAUGCAGUUAAUUCCGUCGUAGCCAGUGUUGACGGAAUCGUCUACACUGGAUCAGCUGACGGAACCGUUAAGGUUUGGCAAAGAGAAACCAACGGAAAAUUCGUACAUCACGUUUUUGUUCAAACGUUAAUUGACCAAGAAAGUGCUAUAACGGCGUUAGUGGUAAAUAAACCCGGUUCAGUGGUUUAUGCCGGUUCAUCAGAUGGUGUGUUAAAUUUUUGGGAACGUGAGAAAAAUAAUUUAACACAUGGUGGGGUGUUAAAAGGGCAUAAAUUAGCAGUACUAUGUUUAGCUGCUGCUGGAAAUUUGGUUUUUAGCGGUUCGGCGGAUAAAAAUAUUAACGUUUGGAAAAGAGAUGGUUCUGUACAUACGUGUUUGUCUAUAUUAACCGGUCAUAAUGGACCGGUUAAAUGUUUAACGGUCGAGGAUGAUAAUUCCUCGACCGGAAGUGAGAAAAAAUGGAUGGUUUAUAGUGGGAGUCUUGAUAAAUCGGUUAAAGUUUGGAGUGUUUCAGAAAUGGCACCUAAUUUGCAACAAAUGGCCAUGGGUAUGCAAAUACAAAAUGGUCAAUAUGAUAAUAGUUGGGAUUCAAUUCCAUCUGCUAAAUAUUCAUCUGAUGGUCAGAAUGUAUGAGACGUGUAAUUUUGUUACUUGGUGUAAUUAGUAUAAGUUGCAUGGGAUUUUACACCGUUGUUAAUAGAGAUGCAAUGUUAAUUUUGGGAUUAUAUAUGGUGCAAUUAGUUACGUAAUAUUGUAAUUAUUUAUGGUGCAAUUAGUUAUGUAAUAUUGUAAUUAAUAUAGCGUGUAAAUUUUCUUUUGGCACUAUGACUGCUAUGUAAUUUCAGGGCAAAGGAAUGUGGAUGAAUAAUAGCAUGUAAAUUUUUUUUCUAAGAAAAUUGCUUUACGAAGGUUAUUAAUUUU